UUUAUUUUCAAUCCUCAGAAUGUGAUUAUUUCAUGCACCACUUGCAGUGACACCGGUAAAGGUGUAUUACUGAUGGACAAAGUGUUUGGGAAUCGAUUUGGUGCAAAACAUUAAAAGAAAAUCAUCCAACUGAAUCUCCAAGAAUGGCCUUUCCAAUAGUGCCAUACAGUGCUGUUAUAAUUGACAGCUGUGCCUCUGAUCUUGCCUUUGCUGUACGGCAGGCCAGUCGACCACAUUGUCAGAGCGCAAGGAAAGCACACAUAUCACGACUGAAGAAACUGUGGACCUCAGAAUCAAAUCCACACCAUAUUCUGCCUUGUCUUUGCGUCAGGGCAGCUUUUGACCUGUUCCUCAGAAUCAAGACCUUUCCUGAGGGCUCAGAAGUUAUCAUGUCAGCCGUCAACAUUCCAGACAUGCCCUUCAUUGUACGGCAUCACAAGCUCAAAAUAGUUCCUGUAGACAUCAAUCUGGAUACUCUGGAACCCAAAGUUGCCUUGAUGGAAAAGCUGAUCACAUCCAAAACAGUCGCCAUUGUGGUGGCUCAUCUGUAUGGCCGCUUAAUAGACAUGGAUCCUUUCGCUGCUCUAGCCCAAAAGUACCAACUCUUGCUGAUUGAAGACUGCGCUGAAGGCUUCUGUGGCUUUUAUAGGACGGGCCACCCUCAGUCAGACUUAACUCUCUUCAGUUUUGGCGUCAUCAAAUUCUGCACAUCGUUUGGGGGUGGUAUUGCCAAAGUGAAGGACUAUGACAAUUACAACAAAAUGCGUGACCUGCAUUCUGAAUAUCCUGUCCAAAGCGGAGCUAUGUAUUUAAAGAAACUCAUGAAAUAUUCUGUGCUGUACAGCAUGGUUCAAGUAUGGCCGUUCCCUCACAUGUUACAGAUUUCCAGGCAGUUGGGCAAGGACUGGAAAGAUACGUUUGUAAAAUUUAUCCGUGGAUUUCCAGACAACCUUAUAGCAAACAUUCGCACCCAGCCCAGCACUGCCCUAUUGGCAGUAAUGGCUUGGAGACAUCAGUCUUUCAACACCUCAGACUUUGAUCUACAGCGGAUUAAGUCAGAUUAUUUUCUAUCAAAACUUGACUCUGAAUUGACAGUGGUAGGGACUAAAGUGAAAGUAAACAACUAUUGGCUGUUUCCCAUCAUUGCAGAAGACCCAGAUCUCUUUGUCAAGUGCCUCGGUGUCUUUGGGAUCGACUCAUACCGCGGGGCCACACAGCUCAACAUUGUGGAACCAGAUGACCCCGACAGUGAUCUGGGACCCAAUCUUAUGUCCGGCCAGUUUGUGACGGCUUCCGAGAGGUAUCCACACAAUGCUAAACACCUCAUCAGUCAUGUUGUGUACUUGCCCGUCAACAAGUUUGUUCCUUUUCAUGUUGUCGAUCACAUGGCUCAGGUGUGCCGUCUUGUUGCCAACACUUUAGAAACAUCAAAAGACAAAGCCUUGUCCCGGUGUAGGUCUUUAGCACAGUCAAAGUUGUAACGUGAUGUGCGGCAUUCAGAUUGUACUUUGAUGUAAAGCAUCUCGAAAAUUCUGUUAUCUAAAUUAAUAGCCAGAUUUGUUAAUUUUGUUGUAUAUUUCAAAUCAAAAUGUUGACAUUUAUUUUUAUCAAGUCUAUAUCAUAUCCAGAUUUGUUUAAAUGUGUUUGAAAGUGAGGAUCUCAUAUUGCAUGUUGUAUCUGGGUGGAACUUUUUUAAAAAUCCAGUUACUUUCUGAUAUUUGUUCUACGAUAUUCAAAUAUAGUUGGCUACAUUAUUUAACAAUGUCUUAAUAUUUGCCUCUCCUCUGCAUAUUCUGAAUUUAAGUAUCACCUUGUUUGAGGUAUUAAUAUUUGUUUAAGGGACUACAUGUAGAUAAUUUUUUAGUUUUGGAAUGAUUUGAUAUUGAUAUUGAGCCUCGCAGAUGGACUUUUAUUUUUUGUUUGCCUUGGGAAUAUAGCCAGCUCGAUUUUUAGAUUCAGGUAGACAGGACAUUAGUAAAUACAUGUCUCAUACCACAUACAGAACAAAAUAUUAACUCUUGCAAUAGUGAAGAUGAUGUUCCAUCAGUUUGUGGCAAUGUGGUAAAUAUUAAAGAUUUUUGAAUGAGGUCUUUACUUUUUUUUUUAACCUCUUGACUGUGCUGUAGACAUAUUAUAUCUCUUAUGUCUUGAUAAUCCGCAGCCUAUUGUGGUGUAAACAUCCCUUUCAGAGACUAUACUGUGUGUUUCGUUGACUCCUAACGCUUGUUCAGUCUCAGUAUUUAUACUAAUCUUGUUUACUAUCAUUAUGGCUUGUUCUUCCCGAGCUUUGUUUUCGAAUAAAACCAUCUUUCUAUUUCUAUUGAUAUAUAGUUUGAUGGGUAGCCUGAGCUCUGUUACCAAGAAAACAAACUGAGGGGUGUUGUCUCUCUCACACACAUGCAAGACAGGGCCAACCUGUAGAAUCAGAGUGCUCGUGCAGUCUCAGUACUUUCAAGCUGUUUACAUUGUUAGAGCUUGAUUUAAUCAGGUCUUGUCAAUGGAUAAAUUCAUCUCUUCAUUUCUCUUUCUAUUGGUAUAAGUUUUACUUAUCUGUCUCCUAUAACAAGUGAGCAACUGUUGAUUAAAGGUUGUGACCUGUGACAUCUUGCCCAUGGUAGAAAUUCAAAAGUAGUAUGUGGGGGGCAAAUAUCGUUACUAGAUAUUUUUGGUAUGAUUAUUAAAACUUUUAGUUUCUAAAAUUCAGACCUUAAACUUUCUUUUUAUUUCACAAAUCGUAGCCUCAGAACUAUUUUGUCCAAAGUGUACUUAAGUAAAGAGGCACAUUGGAUGAAAUAGCUUUGAGGCGACAAAAUGUAUGACACAGCAUAUUGCUUGUUUUUAACUAAGAGGGCUGUCCCACGGAAAACAGGAAAAGGUCUGUAAAAGCAAAAAUCUUUGUCCUAUUAUAAUAAAACUGUAACACAUCAUACCUCA